AUGUCUGCUUAUGAACACUCGACACAAGCAACUGUUUGGACAUUCACUGUAGAAGCACUUCAAGCACAACGUACAGCUGUAACAAAUGAAGCAUGUGAACGUAUUCAACGUAAUUUCGAACAGGAACAGAAUAAUUUGACGGUUUCGUUUUUGAGUGCACAUGAAGAAUGGAUAUUAGUUGGUUAUUAUGCAAUGCAGAUGGAAGGGUUAAGUGUAUAUUUUGAGUUUUCAUCGCAGAUCAAGGCAACUGCUGUAGCGUAUCUUAAACGGUUUUAUCUUAUGCAUUCAGUGAUGGAUUAUCAUCCUAAACCGAUUAUGUUGACAUGUCUUUUUUUGGCUACAAAAGCCUGUGAUCAUUAUAUUUCGUUAGAUCAGUUUGUACGUUCAAUACCUAAGGUGACUUCUUCAUUGAUUUUGGAGCAUGAAUUUCUUGUAUGUCGUGCUCUGUCCUGGGAUUUUUAUGUAUGGCAUGCGUAUCGACCUCUACAUGGGUUUAUAUUAGAUAUGCAGACAGUAUUACCAGAACAGUCUGUACAGCUACUAGGGCGGCUUCAUGAUGAGGCAAAGGCAUUAGUUUCAAAAACUUUAUGGGCAGACUUGCUGUUUUUAUAUUCUCCAAGUUAUAUUGCACUUGGUUGUUUAAUGGUUGUGGAUGAAGAGAUGGUUCGGAUUUAUAUUCAGAGAAAAGAAAUGUAUCAAUUUUUUGAAAAGAUUGAGGCUGUGGCAAAAGAUGUUAUGUCAUAUAGUAAAAUUGUUUUUGAUGUUGAGGAGGUCAAGGGAAUUGAUAAACGAUUGUUUUAUUGUUCUGAUCCGGCGAAAAAAAAAGAUAGUCUUUUGUAUGUAUGUAGUGGAGUGUUAGAAGAACUAAUAGUAUGCAGAUAUGCUAAACGAAAAGCUGAAGAAGAGGCUCAACAACGAGCUAAGAAACUGGCUACUGUAGUCGUAGAUAAAACAGAAGAUUUUAUGAGGUGUUUUAAAGAUGAGGGAUUAACUAAAGGGAUAAUUAUUGUGCUUUGGGGGCUGGAUUUUUUAACAUAUUUUGUUAUGUGA